AUGGAGGAACACUCUGCUACAGCAACAAAGGCUACCUUGGCAGAGUCCCAGGGAAGCUCCUCACAGCAGAAUGACGGAGGGAAGGACGAUGUGAAUCGUAAAAAGACGAGCACAAGAAAGCGAACCAAGACUGGUUGUCUCACCUGUCGUAGGAGGCGAAUCAAAUGCGACGAAGGCAGACCAAUUUGCCACAACUGCAUCAAAUCGAGACGAGAUUGCGAAGGAUAUAGCCAAAGAGUCAUAUUUAAGGAACCUCUUGGCUCGUUCUCGUCUCCUUUUAACCAGGCAAUCUUUUCUGGUCCCUCAGGCAUCGUUGAUGAGUCUCUGCCUGCACACCGGCAGUCCUCAAGGGGACUAUUUCCGGCCAUCGCGCCGAGACCACCGACCUUUGACCAACACCAGCAUGGCUUGCCACUUCAGCCUGCUUCUGCUCCAUAUCAGCAGCAGUUUCAUCGAGGACCAGUGUUGCAAGACCCUGCAGCUUAUAGUAUGGGCUCUGGCCAGUUUCUGCAGACUCCCUACAAUCCGCAGUUCCCCAACCCCCUACUUGCGGCAGAAGCCAACGGAGGGCCUGGUUACUUUACUAGGCCCCCCCCUGAUGCUCAGUAUUUUUCUCUCCAAGAUGGCAGCGCUGCUGGAGAUAUGCUUGGCAAUUUCGGUAAUCUAAAUGGCAACCACUCGCUCAAUGUCCACAUAGGGGGAGCCAUGACCCAACCCCUAAGCAAUCAAUGGGAAUUCGACAUGCUGGAUGAUGAAGCCUCCUUGCCUGAUUCCGACGACGAUUUACCGGACGUUAGAGGCAACCUGCCGCCGAUAAAAAACUUGGCACCAGAACGCUGGACUGUAAGUCCUGUAGACGUCAGUGUCUUUUCGGCCUUUGCCCAGAGCGACGACGUCCAAGCACACAUGGAGACUCCUUAUUCCUCUGAAUUCUGGGCUAGUGGCCUGAACACAAUCUUCAUGCAUUUUAUCAAUGUCACUGGGCCCGGAAUCUCAAUCUUCGAAGGAGACAUUUCUUGUGCUUCAGACAGAUCCCGAAGCAAGGCUACGGCUGGAUCUGGGAAGAGCCUAUGGAGCUACAGCCCUCCGACGGCAGCCUUGAGGCAUUAUCAUCGCGCCAUACGCCGCAUAGCGAAAAGCGUCAAGUCGCCUGCCAAGAGAACACAGCCGGCAACUCUUGCUGCCACUCUCUUGCUCGGCUACUUUGAGGUCUGGUCGUCUGAUCACACCAAAUGGUGCAAUCACUUGUUUGGCGCUAGGAUUCUAUUCCGCGAGAUGUCUUUAGCAGAUAUGACCCGAUCAUGUUUCCCUGCGAAGCGCAUGCGACAGCGCCAGGAAGCUAGAGGGUAUCAACUAGGACACAUAAGCUCCUAUUUUUAUGGCUCUCAUUGCCACCCAGCGGCAACACAAAAUGUGCAAAAAUCUCUCGACUAUGGCCUUUUGAAUGCAAUCACAGGACUCACUGUGUCUCCGGAAGCUUACGGCGAUGUAGAGGGUCAGCUAUCAGACGAGAAAUAUUCUUCGGUAACCGAUAAAGAAAUUGAAAAAUAUGAUAUUAUUUGCGAUCUAUUCUGGUGGUAUUGCAAAAUGGAUGUCUAUCAGAGCAUCUUGGGGGGAACCAAGUUAUUCAUGGAAUAUGAAAAUUGGACACAGAUUCCCCCGAGAGCUCCCUUUUCAACAUAUUCAUCAGCAUAUGGAACGUAUGACCACUUGGUUUUGUUGCUUGGUCGCCUCUCGGACUUUGUGUCGAAGGACUUAUCUCGGAAACAAAAAGCCAUAGAAGCUAAAGGAGAGAACGCUGGAACCGGAUCCCCCCCAAUGUUCCCAGGCAUGUUCCCGACCUUUGGGAAAGUACAGGCCCCUAUGGGAUUUAGUCCUCCACGAGAUGGCACGCCGCACAGUGAUUCUCAGGAUGACAUUGACCCAGAAGCUAGCUAUGAAGCUGCACUGCAAGAAUGGAAUGCUAUUUACCGUUCCUUCCAGAUUUUCAAGAGCCGUCUUGGGCCCGAAUUUCAACCCCUCAGCGAUGAACUUGAGGAACAGACAAAGACGCCAUUCGGGGACCCGAUCUACUUUCGAACAUACUCCAUCGCUGGCAUCUGGAUGAACUACUACAUGGGAUUCAUUCACCUUUAUAGAAGCCAUCCCUCGAUGCCGCCAGUUGCAAUGCGGGCGGCGGGGUUGAUGGCUAAGAAGACGGCGGGGUUUGCUCUCAGGAUUGGGCAGAUUGCUUCCGGGCUCGCUGCCGACUGCUCAGAGUACACGGUGAUAAAUACAUACCUCGGUGCUGCCCUCAUUGAGAGUUCAUUCUGCGUCUUUGUAGCAGGCGUACAGUAUAAUGACACUAGGCAGAGAGAAUGGGUCAUUCAGAGAAUGCAUGACAUUGCGCGCCUCACUGGAUGGCAGUCAGCGAUGCAGAUUGCCUGCGGCUGUGAAUCGGCGUGGAUAAAAUCUAGCCAGAUGGGAGGACCGGCAUAUACACGUCCAACAAUCAUCAACAAUGUUCCGUCUACAAUAUGGAAAAAUCCUCGCCGGAUUGAUAAGAAAAUCGACGAGUCUGAAUCGGGCGAAGAACGGCGGUUAGUACUGGCCAAGGCUGAAAGAACACAUUACGCAAUCGGGAUACUAGCAAUCGAAACAGAACUCGCGAGACUCGAACUUCGAGACGAUUUAAACUAA